AUGGUUCUCAAGCUUGCCCAGUUUGCUAGCCGCGCUGUUGGAGGCCGUGCAUACUAUUCGACGUCCGGCAAAAGACACGAUGUUGUGAUCGUGGCCGCCACCCGUACUCCUAUUGGAAGCUUCCAGAGCAGCCUGUCAUCGCUGUCCGCUUCCCAGCUCGGAGCCGUUGCCGUGGAGUCGGUUGUAAAGCAGGCUGGCAUCGGGAAGGAGGACGUGCAGGAGGUGUACAUUGGCAAUGUGAAUGCGGCUGGCAUGGGACAGGCACCGGCCCGCCAGGCAGUCAUCUUUGCCGGGCUGCCCAAAUCGACCAUCUGUACCACCGUCAACAAGGUGUGUUCGUCGGGCAUGAAGAGCGUUAUGCUAGGGGCACAAACGCUCAUGCUCGGCCAACAGGAGGUGAUCGUGGCAGGUGGUAUGGAAUCGAUGUCGAAUGUGCCGUACUAUCUGAAGCGUGGCAGCACACCGUACGGUGGAGUUAACCUGAUCGACGGUAUUGUGUUCGACGGGCUGACCGAUGUGUACAACAAGUUCCAUAUGGGAAAUUGUGCGGAAAACACGGCCAAACAAAUGGGCAUUACGCGCAAGGAUCAGGACGAAUUUGCCAUCAACAGCUACAAGCGCAGUGCGGCCGCCUGGAGCGCGAAAGCGUUCGAUGCGGAAAUCACACCGGUGCGGAUUGCGGGCAAGCGCGGCAAGCCGGACAUCGUCGUGGCCGAAGACGAAGAGUACAAGCGGGUAAACUUUGACAAAUUCGGACAGCUCGCAACGGUGUUCCAGCGGGAAAAUGGUACCGUAACGGCUGGUAAUGCUUCCACGCUAAAUGAUGGCGCAUCGGCCGUGGUGCUGAUGACGGCCGAAGCGGCCGAACGGUUCAAGUGCAAACCAUUGGCGCGGGUAGUCGGGUUUGCCGAUGCCGAAACGGAUCCGAUAGAUUUUCCGAUUGCACCGGCACUGGCCGUACCGAAGCUGCUAAAACAGACCGGCGUACGCAAGGAGGAUGUGGCCAUGUGGGAAAUUAACGAAGCAUUUUCAUUGGUAGUUGUGGCCAAUCAGCGCAAGCUUGACAUCGAUCCGGAGAAGGUGAACAUCCACGGUGGCGCGGUUUCCCUCGGUCAUCCGAUCGGUAUGUCCGGUGCCCGGUUGGUAACCCAUAUGACGCACGCCCUGAAAGCGGGACAGGUUGGUUGUGCCUCGAUCUGCAACGGUGGUGGCGGUGCGUCCUCGAUCCUGAUCGAAAAGCUGUAA